CGAUUCUACGGGCGCGCGCAAACUCUGCUCUCCAAAACCGAAUGAACCGUAAAUUUUUGUAUAAAAAUCUGUUCAAAUAACAUCGUUAAAUUAACUGCUGUCGUGCUCCUCCUCGCUGUUAUCUCGUCUAACGAAUUAUUUCCGAAAUUUUCUGAGCCAUCGGAUUAUAAUAUUUCGCCGGAUAUUUAGUGACAUCUUUGAUAGAGAGGCAUGGGACAUAAUCUGGACACCUGCUGUCAUGUGACAGUAAAAGCACCUGCAUAAUUGGAACUGAUUUGGGACGUUUAUUGUUGGUUGUAAACUUUCGGCUAAGCCGUGGGAUUUGUUGAGUUUUAUGAACGGUUGUGAUUGAUAGUGCGUUUGGUUUUAAAAUAAUCUGUUAUGUGUGAACUCUACAAUUUCUUCAGAUCUUCGUAAGAUGAGAAACAAUUUGUCACCUAAGGUAGCGGUGUCGAGGUGAGCGAUGCGGGCGCGCGGGGCGGCGUGGUCCGCGUGGGCGCUGCUGUGCGCGUGCGCGGCCGCCGCGCCCGCCGCCGCCGCGCCCGCGCCCGCGCCCGCCGACCCGCCCGCGCACCCCUCGGCCGCCGCCACCGCACCUUCCACGCCGCUGACUUGUGAUCCUCUGCUGCUACGCUCGCCGCCACCGAAGCCAUCGAAUGUGGUGGAGUACGAAGCAGCGGCUAUCCACGCGGCGCGCGCGCUCUCAGAACUGGUGAAACGCAAUGAGGCGAACGAGGAGACUGCAGCUAACAUGGCCCGCACGGUGGCGCGGACCCCGCUGGACCCCCCGCCCGCCGCCGUGGCCCUCGGGGCCCCCCGGCUGCACAUCGGCGUGCUCUUCAUCGUGGACGUACAUCGGCUCGUCAUCUUCCAGCAGAACAACUCCGCCUCGCUGCAGCAGUUCUGGCGGACUCUUGCCUCCGCGUGGAAUGCGAGUUCUGUUGUGUGGUCCAAUGCUUGGUUUUCAUGCGAAGAAGGCUUCGGGUGGUGGGGUGGCGCGGCGGCGGCGCACGGCGCGUGGCCAGUGCGCGCGGCGGCAGCGCUGUUCCGGCGCAUCCCCACAGUGCCAUGCGAGGAGGCCAUGCACCCCUGGCUUGGAGGCCCGCCACGCUGCCACCCGGCCUCCACCGACUGCGAGGCUAUCCCCACCUCGCUCACACACGACCGGCCGCUAGAGUACCGGUGCAAGUGCCGCGCGGGGUACUGGCAGGCGGGCGCGGGCGGCGCGGGCUGGGUGGGGUCGAGCGCGCUGGCGGAGGGUGAGCUGUCGUGUGCCCCGUGCGGGCCCGUGGGCGACGCCGCCGCCUGCCUCGCUGACGUGUACCGCGCCGCGCUGCUCGCCGCCAACCUCGCCGGCAUGCUGCUUUGCCUCGUCAUCGGCCUCGUCAUAUUCAAGAAGAGAAAGUGUAAAGCUGUGGCGAUGGGCAUGUGGACAGUAUUGGAAGUGGUGCUGGUUGGAGCUCUGUUAAUUUACGCUUCAGCAGCAUCGCAAUACAUACUAUCGUCAUACUGGCGAUGUAUAGCGGGCGCGUGGUUCCGCGAGCUAGGCUUCGUGGCAUGCUACGGCUCCGUGGUGCUGCGGCUGUGGGUGUUACUGGCUGAGUUCCGUACCAGGAAGGCGCACCGGUGGACGCCGCGGGACUCCGAGGUGCUCCGCGUGGUGGGCGCAAUGAUAUCAGGAGCGGCGUGCUACCUAGCGGCGUUCACGGCGACGACGGCGUGCUGGGAGGACGAGGGGGAGGAGGACGGCUGCGCACGCGCCGCCUGGCACCACGUCACUGCCGCCGCGGAGCUCCUGCUGCUGUUAGCGGGGCUGAGAAUAGCGUACGCUGCCAGAAAUGCCAAUGUGCCAUUCCAGGAGCGCGGCUGGCUGGCGGCGGCUCUAUGCUGCGAGGCAUUCUGCGGCAUGUUGUGGCGCGGCGCGGCGUACAUGGGCGCGGCGCCCGAGCGUUCCCCGCUGGCGGCGGCGGCGCGUGCGCACCUCUCUGCCGGCGCGGCUCUGGCCUGCGUGCUCGCGCCCCGCCUGUGGCACGGCUACCGGGCAAGGUCUCUCGCGCAGGAAGUAUCUCGCCGCGGCCCAGCAGAAGGUUUCAGCUGCGUGGAGGGCGAGGAAGAGCCGACCUCGGAGGAGGUACGGGCGGAACUCAAGAGGCUGUAUGUCCAGUUGGAAAUCCUGCGCAACAAGACGCUGAGGAGAGACAACCCGCACAUCAGCAAGCGACGCGGGGGACGCAAGCCGCCGCACCGGCGGUUCUCAUUGCAGAAAAAGGGCAGUCGUGAUAAGGCUCUGCAGGCGCGACGGGGAGGCAAGGGCAAGAGUGGGGGUAGCGCCAGCGCAGUCGAGGCCAGCGAGGCGGGGGACGCCUCGAGGACUCCCGAGGACUCCGUAUGCUCUAACGAGGGCCCCUCGCACUACACCGACGGCGACACCCAAGCAUGAUGGUCCCCCAAAUACCGUGACGUUUUUAUGUGACACUUAAAGAAGUUCAGCAAAUUGAUGUUCAUUUGACUUAACUUUGGUUGACGGUAAGUUGGACUGGUUGUUUUUAUUACGACGUUUGAGAGAUAAGAAUGAGGUAAAAUUGUGAUUAUUAAUCUGUUUCUGGUGUACUUUGUAGAACAUAUUUCUCACGGAACAGUACAAUACGAAGGAAUAAGUCGUUUUCGUAUUUAGAUUACGAUGAUUUACAUUCUCAAUACUAUAUUCUUGUAUUUAUAUUAUGCUUGGGAAUAUUAUAAAUGUUUCUUGGCUUUCCGAUAGCAAAGAUUCAUAAUUUGUUAUUGACGAUCGGAUAAAUAUAAAUGAAGCAUUGCUAAGUACAAUCGAUCCAGGGUUAAAGAGCUCAAAUACCCAUCAAAAGUUUCUCGGUCCACCCUUGCCUUUGAUUUGAUGAUCCCUGAUUCCCUUUUCGCUUUUAGAAAGUGACAGGUAUAACUUAUUUGGCACUAAUGUUAUCGCAAGACGCGGUGGCAGUCGCGGUUGGCAGUGAAGCGGAUGGCAAGGUAGUAUUGACUUGUAUGUAACCAUUAUACUUAAUAUUUUGUAAUAAACUAUUUCUAUUCUAUUCUCAACACGCGUGCACCGUCCCGCCCCGCGGAAGACCGCUCUGUCGACUGCGUCGUAUGAUAAACGCCUAAGACGCCUUUUAGUACGGUUCCUGAACCUAUCCGAAAAUAAGUAACCACUUGACCGAAAAGAGUAAUAAGUACCCUAUUAUGUUACUGGGACUGACUGUACUAUAUAGUACAAUUUCACAAUCCUGGAUCCGCCACUGCUUAAGUAAGAUCUGAAAAAGAGCAUUUGCCACAGCGCUGGAUACGAUUAGGUCCUAUAUAUGUUACUGGAAUCAGUAACCUAGAGUCUUCCAGUGCUGAUUAAAAUUUUUGAUAUUACAAAAUGGGCUUUCAGGGGCCACAUCGAAGCAAUUCAUCUAAAAAAGCAAUAUUGAAAUUUGACAUUUGCGCAUAUAAAAGUAAGUGCGCAAUGCACACAAAUGUCAAAUAGCGAUAUUUUUAGAUGAAUUGCUUUGAUGUGGCCUUUUCAACUCCUCAGGACAUUCACGAUCCUACUAAAACAACAUACCGGCCCCUUUAGCAAUCUUUAUGUAUGCACCCUUACAAUCGGGCUCGUGCACACCAAAUUAAACGAAGACUUAACCAUUGUAUAGCAAAGGUGACUGUUAAUUUAUAACGUAAUACAUUGCCACUAGUCAUUUGUUAUUGUGGAAUAAGAGAGUAGUAAGUACAAUAAAUUUACUGUACCGUAAUAAUAUGGUACGGUACUCCACUAUAAAGUGGAGUCAAUGAAGUGGAUUUCACUUUUUACUCGCCAGGGACAGGUGCGAUUUUGAUGACUUUUUUUGUUUUGCAGGGUUAGAUUUUUAUGUCAUUUAAGAUCAGAAACAUCUUGAGAGAGGUAAAAUCCAAAAAUAUUUCGAUCACAAAAAAUUGUGUUUUUUUUUGUUCAAACGAUUGAGGACUUUUUUGGUUCUGUACAGAGACGGCUUCCGAUUAUUACCACUAAACCGUUUUUGCGUCUGAAAAUCGGACCUGUCCCUAGCAAAUAUGAAGUUAGUUUGCUUUAUUGGCUCCAUUAUUAACGUGUUAGAUAGAUUUAACUUUUAUACCAUUGGUUUAGAACAAUUAUCAAACGGGAGUCGGUAGAGUUAGGUCAAAUCCCGAAGUUUGUGUUUCCAAAACAUUAAAAUCUUGGUGUUUUCAAGACUAAAGUGAUAGAGGCAUUUGCAAGGGGAACUUGACCACAUUGUCACAUACCAUCAGUUAAGAUUGUGGUCAAACGCGAACAUGUAAUACAUACAAAAAAACUGUAGCAUAAAGGAUCAAGCUAUUUCAUGAUACUUCGUAUAUACACCGAAACUAAUAUCGUAAUUAUUUACUUUCAACAAUGAGUAUUAGACCGCCUUUAUCAUGAUGCGAUUCAUUUUGUAAUUUGGCGACGGCAUGAAUGUUAAUAUACGUUGCCAUACGUUUAAUUUUAUCGCGCGAUUUUGUUCUAAACUCUACCGGAUCCCGUUUCGAAAUAUCUAAGUAUUUUUGCCUAGAAUGUUAGUUUCAGAAUCGGUCGAUGUUUUCCUCAAUGUAUUGCCUCCACCAGCUUAUUGUACUAGUGUCUACAUUGUUACUUAUGUACAGAGAGUCUUUAUAAAUAUGUCUGUAGUUUCGUAUGUUUGGUUGGUGUUGGUAAUUUGAUACCUAGUCGAUACUUUAUAAGUUCAUGAGAAGUUGUUCCGUAUUGCGUUCUAGCGUCUUCAGAAAAGCAAUUUAGUGUAAUUAUUUAAAAUUUCAAUCUAUAUGUAGUGCUAACGGAUAAUUUUAUGGAAAUAGUAAUAAUUGCUAUAACUUACUAAGGUAGAAGAUUUUUAUGUUCACUAUUCACAAAUAAUACCUGGCAUUUCAUUUUUGAUGCAAAAGUACAAGAUGUUAAUGAUAUUUGGCCGUGAACAUAUCAAUGGGAAAUGUUUACUGAAAUUCCGGUUGAAGAUUCCAAUUGUUGAAAUCUUAAUAAGUGUUUUAUUUUGCAUUUACAUACUUUAUAUAUAUACAUUUUCACUAGCAACCAAUAUUAUUAGUUAUUUAGAACCAAUCGUGAAUAACAUUGCCAAAGAUGCAAAUUGAUCAAAUACUUAUUAUAUCCAAAUUCAAAUAUAAUCCUAAAUAAAAAUAUAUCUUACAGACGCGUAGACGUUCACGGUAUAAGGCCAUAAGAGUAACGGAUAUUUUAUCAGGAAUUUGUGGAUUAUGUCUUUUUGCUCUCUAGUUGUCGACCACUUAGUAUACUUAGUUAUAAGGGUCGGCGCAAAUGGACCACCGUCUACUUUGGUGGCUGUCGCUCGCUACUGUCACAUUUGUAACAGUGACAGAUGCGCGCGACAGCCACGGGUGUUUUGACGCUGCCACAUUUUAUAGCCCGGUUUCUACUGCGUGAUGCUAAUAACUAAAGAGUUAAGGACCAUAAUAGGAGAACAUAUAACGGUUAACUGCUCUCUGUACAGCUGGAGCAGUGGCUAAUGAAGGCAUCUUAUAUGACCUGCAGCAUCCACAUGUAGCGAGGCACGAACACUGCUCCAGCGAGUGGCCACCGGUAGCUGCGAUCCGUGACCCGUUUGCGCCGACAGUAAUAUUAAAUGAAAUCGGUGGAAAGACCUACCAUAAAUAAGCUAUUCAAAUUGUGAAUGGAGCAUAAUGUACUAACAACGGAACUAUGGUAAUUUUAUUUUUUUUAAUCUAAUUUUUGUCGAGACUUGAGCCACUCUUGGUGGUUAUGCCAGCCUCAUAGUACAGCGUUUAAUGACAAUCAAACCAUCACUUUCAAGAUCAAUGUUACAGAAGUACACCAUGCUGUUCAGGGAUUGUUAUUCAUAAGAGACACAAUACCGCUACGCUAUCCGCUAUCCGCGUCCAGUUCAACAACGCUUUUAGGGUGUUAUUGCGGCUGCCUCGCUUCUGUAGCGCCUCGGGCAUGUUCGCUGAAGCUCGCGUCGACUGCUUUUAUACGACUAUGAGGAAGCGAUGCACGUCUCUGGUGCGCAGGGUGCGGGGCAGCGGCAACCCCGCCCUCUCGAUGAUAGGUGCGCGACUCGACUGCCCGUAUCUGCGUAGAUGCUGUGACUUGCAUGUCACAGCAUCUAAUAUUAGAUAAGGCUACUAACAUCUAGAAUAAGUUUACUAACACAUAUGAGACAUGUUUCGUGAAUUAAAUAAAUUAUUAUUAUUUAUUAUAAUAAAGUAUUUAUAUACAAGUAUAGACGUUACGGAUACUGAAUCUGACAAGAGGCAAUUAUAGUAAGCAAUAUAAUAAUAAUAAAAUGUAUAUUGCAAGUAACCAUUGACUCAUAUGUGUUAGUAAAUGACUUAUUUCUAGUGUUAGUAUACAAUAAAAAGAACAAUAUAAAACACUUAUAAUGCAUUUGGGCGCGUGUAGUCCACUGCAGUAACGCAAAUAGGAGCUCUCUAUAUAUAUAAUAUAUCCUGCAGCCCAGAUUACCACACACAAUAGAUAGGGUUUAGAUUUUAAAAGGACUGGUAUGAAAAACCAAACACUGUACUAUUAAACAGAACGACCAGUUCAGUAUAAUUAUUGAUUAUAUUUCAAUAAGAUAACAUUUACAAUCGUCUCAAUGCGCGUUAAGAAUUAUAUCUGUCAAAGUACGUAAGCUAGUGUUGUGACGUUUAUGAGGAGAGUGAUGUAUCAGUCAAUAUUAGAUGGAUCGAUUAUUUUCCAUCCAGCAGUACCAGUAAUUUGUACGUAAGUACUGUAGAUUCAGUUAUCGAUAGGUUGACUUUCCCAGAAUCCCCGACUACGAUGUACAUAGUGGUAAAAUUCUUAAUAAUUAUAGUUCGUUAGUACAUUAUGUGCAAUCAAAUGAAUACCUACAGCAUUUACCAAAGAACAAACUCCUUAAUAAAUAUAAUUAUGUAUUUAAUGUUAUCGACUGUAAUAUAUAAAUUAGUUUUUGUUAUAAAAUAUUUGUAUUUGUAUUGUAUAAUAAGUAUUUGUUUUUGCUUUAAAAGCGUUUUAUAAAUGGAAUUGAAAAGUGCAUUUGAUGAGAUCUAAAUUACAUUUUGUGGGGCCCGAGUCGGGUGUAUGACACAAUGUUUGAUUUUGGCGUCAUUUCUUGUUAGCAUAUUUUGUUCAGACGAUAGACGACUGUAUAGUUACACUAUAUAACACUGUUAUUUGGUAUAAGUAAGUAGAUAAUGUACUAAGUUGUGCCUUUUGUGUCUCUUCAUGUUGUCAUAUUGUGUUUCUGUGUUAUGCUGUGUACAAUAAAUUAUUAAAAUAAAUAAAUACACAUUAAUAACUGAAUUAGACUCGUGAUGGUAAAUACGAGAAUGAACGAAGUUGACCACCUGCUUUCAAUCGUAAUUUUAUAAUAAGUAUUACUAUCUUGCAUUUGUAUUAUGUAUAUUUCUUGCUUAUUGACAGAUCUUUACUGUAGGUAUAAUGGAAACCUAUUACCAUUUUUAAGACUAUUUUGUUUGAUAAACUGUUCGUUUACCAGGUAAAAAAUAAGUAACUCCUUUUGAGGUGGGCAGAGCCGCGCGCAAAAGAAUUUGAACAUUUCCCGCCACACAAAAUAUAUUGCCGUAAUGUAUUGUAACAAGGUAGGUAACAACCCUUUUACCUAUGUUGACGAAUAAAUGAAUUUGAAUUUUCAUAAGAUAAUUAAAAUAUGUCAACAGCCACUGCACUCGACUCGUCGGCAACAGAAGUAUUAAAUAUUUAGUAAAUAUUUAUAAUUACGAAUAUAACCAGAUCACUGCGUUUACCGGGUAUUAGAGUACGGCUGUAUAUAGUAGUGCUUAAGAGUUUGUAAGAGCGAAUUCCGUUGUAAUUAUGCGUUGAGCUUGGUUCGGUGUGAUGCCAAAAAUAAAUUAUUAUUAUGAUUAUAUUUAUUGAAUAAAUGAAAGUUCUUAA